AUUUAGCAUGCCAUGUGGGAGUAAACCUUCCCAGGAGGUGCCAUGCUAGCCACACAGAUGCCAGAAACGCCACCUGAGGCUAAAGAUGUCAAACAGAUCAAAGAGAAGUUGGCACAGUCUCUAAAGGCCCUGCAGAAGCGAUACGUGACGUCAGACACCGUGGUCACCAGUGAGGAUGCUGACGCUAACCUCCUCUGCUGUGCCCUUGAGGCCAUCUUCAUCCACGGUAUCAAGACCAAGUACAUCCGCUUGGAGGCUGGGGGCCGGAGCAAGAAAGGAGACAGAGGACCCCUCCCUCAGCCUUUCUUCUGGAGCCUUCUCAAGACAGUUACCCACCGUGAUGUGAUCACAGAGCUGGAGAAACUCAGCUUCGUGGGCACGGACGUGGGUCGCUGUCGAGCGUGGCUGCGACUCGCCCUGAACGACGGCCUGCUGGAGUGUUACCUCGCCUCUCUGUUCCGGGAGGACUCCAAGCUGCGGGCCCACUACCAGCCCAGUGCCUUGCUCCUGAACGCAGAGGAACGGGAGGUUCUCCUCAGCUACCUCCAGGGUCUAGCUUCGCUCACAUUCAGCCUUUCUUACAAAUCAGCCGUGCUAAACGAAUGGACCAACACGCCUCUGGGUCUGGCUGGACUCGUCCCCUUGUCCCAGGCGGACUCUCUUGACCUGCCCAUUAACGGCGGAGACCUUCCCACCUCUAAGUCUGUGUAUAAAGACUCAUGGGAUACUGUGUCUCAGUCGUCAGGCUCUUCAGAUGCUCUGGAUCUGCAGAGAGGUCCGGGGCUGCUGGUAAGCAGGGGGUCGAAUGGAUCACAAGGGGGAAGGACUACGUUAAACUCAUCUAAUUUAAGCCUGGACACCACAGGCUCCUCUCAGCUCUCCUCCAGUUUGAGCUCUGAUAGCCUCCUGCAGGGGCAGGACCCCCGCAGCCCCACAGGAGAGCAGUGUUCAUCAUCUGACCUGGAAAUGCCAAUUACUGUCAACCACAGCAGCAGCAAGAGGACACAGAAAGAUUCUCUGACUGAGUUCAGGGAGAGUGGCCAGUGCAGUCAGGACUCCAUGCGUGAAGACUCGUUUGUCUCCAGCACGGGUCCAGAUCACUUCUCUGAGACGGCCAUUUUCAGCGGCUCUGACAGCGAGGCCCCCGCUCCUACUACACCACCCGGAGACCAAAGCCAAAACUCUGCUCUGUCUGAUUCAGAGCAGCCACAAACAUCCCCCGAACUGCCAUCGUCUGAUGAGAACGAUGGCAACUCUUCUUUUGAAGCGUGCAUUUGUACAUCUUCUGAGAUCAACUCGGACACAGACGUGCUCUCGACAGUCAGCGAGCCGGCAGAGGAAGUUAACGCGACCAGAGCCGAGGCGAGUCCUGAGCAGGAAGGGAAAGAAGCAGCGACGUCAGAGAAGAAGACCUCUGAGUCUUCAGUUAAUCAAGGCGCACGUCGAUCUACCAGCAUCCUGAGCAGGAAGUUAUCCUCGGACUCUUUAUCACAUUCCCGCUGCUGGAUCUCCGAGGACGACAUCUACAAGCCCCAUCUGGAGGAGGAGUCGGAGGACGAGGAGGUGCCUCCUCCCGCUGAGCCGAAGGUCUCUCAGUCGGCUCCCAGUGUCGUCCAUCGCAGACAGAUAGGGAUCCCCAACCCGUUUCGAGGCUUGCUGAAGCUCGGUCAUCUGGAGCGUCGAGGCGCUGUGGGGAUUUGGCGAGACUACUACUGCGAGCUGUCGCCGUUUGAGUUCCGCAUGUACCUCAACGCAGAGGAGCGGGCGUGCUACGACAACUGCUCCCUGCUCAGGUGCGAGGACGCCCGCAUCACCUCGCCCGAGGGCCGCUUCGAGCUGGUCUUUCCAGGGAAGCACCUGUACCUCCGGGCCGCAAACCGAGAUGGGGCAGAGGACUGGGUGGAGCGGAUAGUGGAGGCUGUCAACAAAUGUCGGCCCGCGUCUCGUGUUGACGAGACGUGGGAGGUGCUGCAGCCGGAGAACGGUGUGGAUGUGUCAUCCCCGUCCUCCGCCCUCUCCAGCCCUGAGCGAGGUUUAUCGUCCUCUGACGUGAGGUCAAACGGUGUGCAGGAGGCUCCUCCUCCUCGGCAGGACUUCGACUGGACUCGGACUGCUGAUUUGGAAACAGAUGCCAUCAAAGAAGCCGUUUUGUACUUCUCCACAGAUCCCGAGGCUCGAACGUGGGCACCUCUGGUCUUCUCCCUCUCCUUGGAGGCUCUGAAAGGCUUUCAGGUACGGGAGGGGAGGAAGCUCCUGCGGCUAAACAACUCGAUCGAGGAAAUCCGGGACGUGGUGCCAGACGUCUCCAUGGGAGGACCGGCCUUCUUCAAACUCCUGACCGUCAAGGAGACGCUCAAACUCAGGGCGGAAAGCCCGGAGGAGGCUCGCUCCUGGAGAGUUUUGAUCCGUGGAGCUCUGGACGCGUACCUAGAGUGCGGGGAGGACGGGGUCUCCGGGGUACCAGCCGUAGGGCAACCGGAGGUGAACGGAAACCUGCACAGACUGGUGCAGCACAGACUGAAAGAAGACGGAGCGUUUCUGGUUCAUCUGUGCGCCGUGCCGUCAGAGAAGGGUCUGGAUGCUCAGGGCUUCAGGUGUGCAGGGUGUCCCAGGCAGAUUGGCCCGAGCCGAAGCAGAGCGAGGCUAUGCGAGUUCUCAGGCCAGUACUACUGUGACUCCUGUCACCAUGGAGACACCACCAUCAUCCCUUCGCGCAUGGUGCACAACUGGGACCUCACACAGCGAGAGGUGUCUAAGAAGGCGCUGCGGCUGCUGGCUCAGGUGGAGCACGAGCCUCUGCUGAACGUGGAGCAGCUGAACCCCGAUCUGAUGCUUCACGCCGAACCCAUGGCUCAGGCUCACAACCUGCGACAGAGGCUGCGUCUGCUCGGAGACUACCUGUUCACCUGCCGCAGCGGAGCCUGCAAGAAACUCCAAGCCAGAAUGGAACAGCGGUCGUACAUGUUGGAGUCGAGCCACCUGUACAGCGUCAUGGACUUACGGCAGAUAGCUGAGGACCAAUAUGAAAACUACCUGCUCACACUGCUGCAGCACGCCUCCAACCACGUGUUCCACUGCGACCUGUGCACGCAGCGAGGCUUCAUCUGUCAGACAUGCCACGCCGAUGACAUCAUCUUCCCCUUCCAGUUUGAAAUCACCACCAGGUGUAAGGACUGUAAGGCCGUGUUUCACCUGGCCUGCAAGGCUCCCGACGACCCGUGUCCUCGCUGUCAGCGGAUGAAGAAAUACCUGGAGAGAGAUCUUCAGGACUGAGCGCAGCCAGCGGAGGAGCUUACUGACUCCCUGCCCCCCCCCUCUUUUUCAGCACGACAGAACACUGCUGAGAGCGGAGUGACUGGAAAUUAAAACAAAAAACUAGCUUUUACCUCAAGUGCAAUUAUGAGUGAUCAGCCUGCUAACCGGAGAGGAAAACGUAGGAGCCACAGUGCUACAGUAGCUCGAGUCUCGCGCACUAAUGCAGAGGCACAUUAAGCCUCGGGAUGCUGACUUAACGCAGCCAGCUGUUACUGAACAGUGACUUUAAUACCUCUCUGAUUUCUCACUCAGCCACGACAUCAAACAAAGGACUGGACAACGGCAACAGUUCCUUGCCAAGAAUCUUAUCCGGCACAUUUUUGUUUUUCACAUCUUUUUUUAUUUCUUUUUUAAUUUUCUGAUUGUGUCGGUGUCAGAAGAAUCAUGUUUACCAGAAAUGCUCGGCAGCACACUCCAGCAUUUUGUCUCAGAUGCACAAAUAGUGAAGCAUAACACAGGAAACGAAGUGCAAAACAUGGGAGGACGCAGCACGGGGAAUGUUCUAAUAAACACAUUUUGAUUGUGCCUUCUACUUAAUUUAAGCUUUACACGAUGUUUCACUUUGUGUGUCUUUAAUUCAGGGUCACAUAGACUGUUUUUUUUUUAUACAUAUAACCUUUGCCAUAACCAUAAGAGGGAGUUACACUAUAGCAUUAGAUACUGAUUUAUAUUUGGGUUAACAGAAGUUGCUUAGAAGACUUUUUUGGGAUGUUUUAUUCUUUGUAUUUCAACUCAGAUUUGAAAAGCUUAGAAAAGAGCUUUAAAUGAUGUGUGAUUGAAAGUAAAACUUUUUUAUCCAAAGGGUUCUGAGGCGUGCUUAAGGAAUGUUUUAGAUUGUAAGACUAGGAUUAUGUCCAGCAGUGGUUUCUCAACUGGUGGGUCAGGACCCAGAAGUGGGUCGUGGAGGCAUUUCCAGAGGGUCGCAAAUGUGUGACGUGAAGCACGUUUGUUGUGUUCAGUUUCUUGCUUCACUGAGAGCCCGAUUUAUUUGCAUGAAAUAAAUCUGAUUGGUCGGAAAAUAUCAGAAGUUUGGGUCGUUUCUGGAGGAGUUGGAGGCGGGUCCUGGGGUCAGACGAGUUGAGAACCACUGAUGUACAGUGAGCAGGCCGUUAUUUAACUUUAAUGAUCUGCUCACAGCUACUUAAUUAAGAAAUAAAUUAUAUCGUAUGAAUUGAAAAUAAUUGUUUCACCUCUACUUUAAAAUGUAACAGAGCUGAGUUGAUAGCAACAGGUUGUUAUUCGAUUAUAACUGAGCGUAUGAUUCUGUUAACCAAUCAGAAUGAAGUUUUAAACAAAGCUGUGUUAUUUACUGACAAGAUUAAACAUAAACAUGUGGCCGACACAUUUCCAAAUUUAGAUUCCUGAGGAUUUAACUGGAUGUGACAUUGAUCCUGAAAAACAUUUUGCAUGUUUGCACUUUUAGCUCCGACUGUUAAACGGAUAUUUCAACGUUUAAUGCAGUUGAAAUACCACGAGCACAUGAAAUAACCCCUCAACUUCAAAAAAAAAAAAAAGACUCCUCCUUUGCUGAAAUUUUCCACAUUCAUUUGUGCUCUAUUCUCCUCUCUGUUGUAGCAUCAAACACACAAUCACGAUACAAAUACAACUUUUAAAAUGUGCAGAAGUUAAAGAGAAAUAAAGACAGCGAAGGUUUACUUAUCAAGGUCGUCUUGAUGUAUGCAGAUAAAGUCACUUUCAAGUGAGAAUAUCACAGUACUGUUAUCAUGGUGUCUUUAUUUUUUAUUGUCAUCUCGUUCAUAAUGUAAGUUGUACAAAUGAAAAUAAAUAUCUGUGUGUUA